AUGUCCGGGCAGGUGUUCAAACGGGGCGUACGGCGCGCCGGUCACGUAAGCACGCUUCCCGCUAUUAAAGAGGCGCGCGGCCACCUGAUGGUCGGAAGUGACGCGAUGAGCCCCGUCUUCCUCCUCAUCAGUAUCGUCUGCGGAGCAGCGGCCCUCGGACCGGCGGCACCACUGCUCUGGCUCGGAGUGCAGCGGAGCCGCAAAUCCUUGUCAUGGGAAAGUCCUUCGGAUUGUGUUCGCGCCGCCCGGACGGGCGUCCUGGCCCCGGUGCAAAAGGCGGCCUGCAAGGCCAACCUGGCCCUCAUGCCCGUUUUGAGUUCGGCCUCAAGGCGCGUAGCGGAAGCCUGCCAGCAAGUAUUCCGAACGCACCGCUGGAAUUGCUCCUCCGUGGAAAAAGCACCUAACUUUGGUCAAGACCUCCUAAGAGGCACCCGUGAGCAAGCGUACGUGAGCGCUCUCUCUUCGGCAGGGCUGGCUGUGGGGGUCGCCCGGGCGUGCGCUGAGGGGCGCAUCAGGGUGUGCGGCUGCGGCCGCCCCUCCCCCCGAGAGCCGCCCCCCGCCGACUUCUCGUGGGGCGGCUGCGCCGAUGAUGUGGGUUUCGGCGUCCGAGCCGCCAAAGCCUUUUCCUCGGAACCUUUCGACCGCAAGAAGUUCGCUGGAGAUGUCGCCGUACGAAUGCACAGGCACAACAGCCGGGCAGGAUGGAGGGCGGUCCGGGAUUCCCAGCGUGUCCAGUGCAAGUGCCACGGAGUGUCCGGCUCGUGCGAGGUGAAGACAUGUUGGCACGCCCUGCCGCCCUUACUGGAAGUGGCGCAGAAACUGAAGCUGCGCCACCGGGACGCGGAGGAGGUGCGCCCCGUGAUGGUGGGGCGGGGAACGAAGCUCCUUCCCGCCACCAACGCCCGGUUCAACAAAGACGACUUGGUCUACAGGGAGCAGUCACCAGAUUAUUGCGUCUAUGAUCCCAAGACGGGCUCUGAGGGUACAAAAGGCAGGCAGUGCAACUCGACGGCUACCGACUCCUUCGGUUGCGAGGCGAUGUGUUGCUCCAGGGGCUUCCUUACUACUUGGGUAGAAACAGAGGAACGAUGCAACUGCAAAUUCCAGAGAUGCUGCUAUGUCACUUGCGAUGUCUGCAAGUGGAGGACAAACCUAAACCUCUGCCUCUGAAGAGGACGUCCAUCAAUCCGCCUGGAAAGCGGAGUAAAACAGCUCGAUGAGGAAGUCGAACGGAUAAGUUCGACAAAUGCUCGAAAUCGACAAUC